CGCACGCCCUGGCCGCCGCCGCCGCCGCCGCCGCCGCCGCCCCGGCUUCUUCGCUGCCCGCAGCAGGUGGAGCCCUAUGGCGUCCAGGCUCGUCGGCUGGGCCGCUUGCCUCGUCCUGGCCGGGAGGUGCCUGCCGCUGCGCCCCUGCCCGAGCCGCUGCCUGUGCCUGCCGAGCACCGCGCGCUGCGCGCACUGGAUGCUGGACCGCGUUCCUCCGGUGCCGCCGCGGACCGCGGUGCUAGACUUGAGGUUUAACAGAAUACGAGAAAUUCCUGGGAGUGCCUUCAAGAAACUCAAGACUUUGAACACUCUUCUCCUGAACAACAACCAAAUCAGACAGAUUUCCAGAAAUGCUUUUGAAGGACUUGAAAAUUUGCUUUAUCUUCAUCUUUUUAAAACACAAAUUCCCGAUCAUGCCAUUCUUCUUGUAACAUUUAAAGCUCUUGUUUCUUUGGAGGUGUUGUAUAUUCAUUUCAACCAAAUAGAAAUGCUACAGCCAGAGACCUUUGGAGACCUUCUGAAAUUAGAGCGACUAUAAGUGUUUUUGCAUAACAACAAAUUAUCUAAAAUCCCUGCUGGGAGCUUUUCUCAUCUGGAUUCAUUAAAGAGACUACUGUUAGGGUCUCAUGACUAUGAUGUUCCCAAGGGAGUUAUGUUGGUGUCCUGGCUUUUGUUCACUUAGAGUCUCAGGGUGAUACUAAUGGGAGAAUCUGCUACAUGCCAGUAUCCCCGAAGGCUCCAAGGACGCUCCAUCGCUUCGUUAACAGUAGAAGAAUUCAACUGUGAGAGUCCUCGAAUUACUUCUGAGCCCCAGGAUGUGGAGGUAACAUCAGGGAAUACUGUCUACUUUACCUGCCAGGCUGAAGGAAAUCCCAAACCAGAGAUUAUUUGGAUACAUAACAACCACUCAUUGGAUUUGAAAGAUGAUCAUCGACUUAAUUUGUUUGAUGAUGGGACACUCAUGAUUCGAAACACUCGAAAGUCAGACCAAGGUGAAUAUCAGUGUAUGGCCAGAAACUCAGCUGGGGAAGUUAAGACACAGAAUGCUAUGCUUAGAUACUCCAGUCCUCCAGCCAAGCCUAGUUUUAUAAUCCAGCCCCAGGACACAGAAGUUUUAAUUGGCACCAGCACAACUUUGGAAUGUAUGGCCACAGGCCACCCACACCCCCAUGUUACUUGGACUCGGGGCAGUGGUGAGGCCUUGGAUGGAUCCAGGCACCUGGCUACUUCUGGAGGACUAUACUUGAAAAAUGUCACCCUGCAGGAUCACGGUCAAUUUAUCUGUCAUGCCAACAAUAAUCAAGGCACUUUUCAAGCUACAGCAAACAUAAUUGUACAAGCUCCUCCACAAUUCACAGUAAUCCCCAAGGAUCAAGUGGUGCUAGAAGAACAUACUGUAGAAUUUCUCUGUGAAGCUGAAGGCAACCCACCUCCAAUAAUCGCCUGGACCAAAGCAGGUGGGAAGCUCCCUCAGGAAGGUCUACAUACAGUUCUCUCCUCUGGCACUUUGAGAAUUGACCAAAUGGCACAUCAUGACCAAGGCCAAUAUGAAUGUCAGGCAGUCAGUCCAUUGGGAGUGAGAAAAGCAUCUGUCCAGCUGACUGUAAAACCCAAAGCUCUCCCAGUGUUUACUCAACUACCUCAGGAUACGAGUGUAGAGGUUGGAAAGAAUAUAAACAUUUCGUGUCAUGCUGAAGGAGAACCACAGCCCAUAAUUACCUGGAACAAGGCAGGUGUUCAGAUUACCAAAAGUGGUAAAUUCCAUGUCAGUGGGGAAGGCAUGCUAACCAUCUAUGAUGCAGGGCAAGCUGACCAAGGAAGAUAUGAAUGUGUGGCUCAGAAUUCAUUUGGCCUUGUUGUAGCCAACAUGUUUCUCACAGUUGUAGCAAUACAGGGUAGACACGCUGGCUAUGACUUUGUUGAAUCAUCCAUUCUUGAUGCUGUACAGAGGGUUGACAGUGCAGUUAACUCCACACGAAGACAUUUGUUUUCACAAAAACCUCGCACCCCUAGUGAACUGCUGGCUCAGUUUCGUUAUCCGCAUGACCCAUUUACUGUGGAGACGGCAAGAGCUGGGGAGAUUUUUGAGCACACACUUCUGCUGAUCCAGGAACACGUGAAGCAGGGGCUUACUGUUGAUUUGGAGGGUAGAGAAUUCCGGUACAAUGACCUGGUGUCCCCACGCUCCCUCAGCCUCAUCGCCAACUUGUCUGGAUGUACAGCCCACAGGCCAGGGCCCAACUGCUCCGACGCGUGUUUCCAUCAGAAGUACCGAGCCCAGGACGGGACGUGCAACAACCUGCAGCACCCCACGUGGGGUGCGUCCCCGACCGCCUUCCAGCGCAUCCUGCAGCCUGCCUACGGGGACGGCUUCAACCUGCCGCGUGGGGUCGGCCGUCACAGCCCGUCGGGUCCGCACCCCCUGCCGCCGCCCAGGCUGGUCUCCACGGAGCUGGCGGCCACGGCCACGGCCACCCCCGACGACCGGUACACGCACAUGCUCCUGCAGUGGGGCCAGUUUCUCGACCACGACCUGGACCCCACGGCGCCUGCGCUGAGCACAUCUCGCUUCUCCGACGGGCGGUCGUGCAGCGCCCCGUGCACCGAUGACCCUCCCUGCUUCCCCAUCCUCCUCCCGGACGCUGACCCCCGGGGCGCCCGGGCGCCCUGCAUGUUCUUUGCGCGCUCCAGCCCCGUUUGCGGCAGCGGCGUGGCCUCCUUGGUGAUGAAUUCCGUGUACGCCAGGGAGCAGAUCAACCAGCUCACGGCCUACAUCGAUGCCUCUAAUGUCUACGGGAGCUCGGAGAGGGAAUCCCUCGCCCUGCGGGACUUCUCAGAGCCCCGCGGACUCCUGAGAACCGGCUUGCCCUGGGCCCCUUCCGGGAAGCCCCUGCUGCCCUCCUGCGCGGGCCCCCCCACCGAGCGCACCGGGCCGGGGCAGGGCGGCCGCCGCGCGCGCUUCCUAGCCGGGGACCGCAGGGCCAACGAGCAGCUGGUCCUCACGGCCAUGCACACGCUGUGGUUACGGGAGCACAACAGGGUGGCCGCGGCGCGGUCUGCCCUGAACCCCCACUGGGACGGAGACACCCUUUACCAUGAAGCCAGGAAGAUCGUGGGGGCUCAGCUGCAGCACAUCACCUACAGCCACUGGCUGCCCAAGAUCCUGGGGGAGCCGGGCAUGAGGAUGCUGCGGGGCUACCAGGGCUACGACCCCAGUGUGAACGCGGGCAUCAUCAACUCUUUUGCUACUGCAGCCUUCAGAUUUGGUCACACCUUGAUCAAUCCUAUUCUUUACCGGCUGAACGACACUUUCGGGGAAAUCCCUGAAGGCCAUCUUCCCCUCCAUAAAGCUUUCUUCUCACCGUCCAGAAUAAUCGAGGAAGGUGGCAUAGAUCCCCUCCUUCGGGGGCUGUUUGGCGUGGCCGCUAAAUUGCGGGUACCCUCCCAACUGCUCAGUCUAGAGCUGACCGAGAAGCUUCUCUCCACCGCCCAUUCUGUGGCCCUGGACUUGGCUGCCACCAACAUUCAAAGGGGGCGAGACCACGCUCCCCCCUAUGCUGACUUCAGAGUUUUCUGCAAUUUGACUUCCGUUGAAAACUUUGAGGAUCUUCGAAAUGAGAUUAAAGAUCCAGAGAUUCGACGCAAACUGAAAAAGUUGUAUGGUAACCCAGGCAACAUUGACUUCUGGCCCGCCCUCAUGGUUGAAGACCUGAUCCCUGGUACAAGAGUGGGACCAACACUUAUGUGCCUGUUUGUUACCCAGUUUCAGCAGCUAAGAGAUGGAGAUAGAUUCUGGUAGGAGAAUCCUGGCGUGUUCACUCCCGCACAGCUCACUCAGCUGAGGCAGGCGUCCCUGGGCCGUGUGCUGUGUGACAAUGGUGACAACAUCCAGCAAGUCCAGGCCGAUGUCUUUGUGAAGGCAAAAUACCCACAGGAUUACCUGAGCUGCGAUGAGAUACCGCAGGUGGAUCUUCGAAUGUGGCAAGACUGCUGCGAAGACUGUAGAAGUAGAGGACAGUUCAGAACAUUCACGCAAGAAUCUCGAAAGAAACGCUCUGCUCAAUACAGCUAUCCUGAUGAGAAAGAUAAAGAGUUAAGUGAUCUAAUUAGUAGGCAGCAAGAUCACUUGUACAUUGAUGAAGAUAGUAAAAAUAUGACAGUUCUGGCAAAAACAAAGUUUGCCCAAGAUUUCAGCAGUUUUGCGGUGGAAAUUCAAAAAACCAUUAAAGCUCUCAGAGAACAGAUAAACAAGCUGGAGGCACACCUCAGGCAGGCGGGAUGCACAGAUGAUAAAGGGAUUCGAAGAAAAGACAAUGAACACUGGAUGAAAGAAGACUGCAUCAGCUGUAUGUGUAAGAGUGGCCAGGUCACCUGCGUGGUGAAGACUUGUCCACCGGCUCCAUGUCCUAGUCUUGAAUUGGUGAAAGGAACCUGCUGUCCAGUUUGCAAAGACCGGGGAAUGCCAGCUGAUUCCUCAGAGAAACACUAAGCAAUUUACUGCUCUUGAGCCCUGAAUGGGGAAUUUCUCAGAAUAAGGCAGUCAGGCACUUGGGACUUCAGCACUUUUAACCUGUAGUCACACCCCUGGCAGAGAAAUCACCAAUUUAAAACAAAUUAGUUCGUUUAACCCUUCAACAUACUGGAGAUCUUGUAUCUUUUCA